AAAAAAAAAAAAAACAAAUUUUGAAAUAACGGUGACAUUAGCGAAACUCAUGUGGAACUAGGAAAUGUAUCAGAAUUACGAUUUUUGCAAAAGAUGCUUGUUAUAUACUGGAACCUACAUGGCGUUCUGACGCCAGAAUGCACCAACUCAUUUGCCAAAUAUGGUCAAAGGAAAACAUGCCCGCAGAAUGGAAUCUGAGGAUUGUUCAGUUUUGGGAUACCUGUCAAGCUUAUUGGCCUGAACCAGAGGCACCAUCAUGGUUAAGUCAAAGUCUUCAAGUUCUUCGUAAUCUGUAUGUACAUAUCGUAGGCGUAAAGCAAAAUUGUUCUAAGUACAUAGGAUUUCUUAAGGACUUAGAACAAUUUUGCUUUUCGCUGACGGUACAUUCCUCAGGAGUUUUGAAGUGUGGUUCGCUGUUUUUUUUAGCAGCAGAGGAGGUUGAAGGUUGUUCCUCCUUAAUCACAGAUCUUUUUUGUCGUCGCAAAUGGAAAACAUUGAACUGUGCCUGGAAGAAAUCAAUUUUUAAUUAUGCAAAGCAGAGUUUUAUAUGCUUUUAGAGGAUGGAUUGCAUUCGUGGCUUUUAUGGACUUUGGAACAGCUUUUCGGUGCUAUGUCGAGAAAAGGAGUUUUUUAUCCCAAAAUACAGAAAUUGACAAUAUUGAAACGGAUUAUACAAUUUCUCGUUUAGUUGGAAUGUACUGCAUAUUGAAAGCAAUUGCUCUGGUACAUUGCACACUAUUUAUUCAUCAUAAACCGAUUGUUAUGAUUGGACGCUGCUCAAUAGUAUUAACAAUGAUAUUGUACUCGACAGAAGCAUUAUAUUAUAGGUCAACAACAAUCAAUUUUUAUGUUCUCUUUCCCUUUUCAUUAAAUUUUAUUACACUAGUUGGAUUAUUUUACAUACCCAGACGAUUAAGGCUUUGGGAUCCUUUUAAUACUAAAGACGAUGAAAACAAUCUUCUGAUUAAACAAAUGGUAACAUUUAAAAGAAGAAAAAUUCGAAAAUUAUCAUAGUACUUAAAUUGAUAAAUAAAUAUUAUGAAUGAA